AUGUCUGUCAGUGGACAUGCCUGUAGGCAUGCGCUACAGCAUGUACCGUCUCGCCUGGAUUAUGUCUGGAUUAGCGACGAGCUUCUUUCCUUGACCUUCCGGAGGUUUGUGAAAGGCCAGCGUCGUUACGGAAGUCGCGUUCCUGGGCCAUUGGAAGCUAGAAAUCGCCUCGCCAAACGAAGGAACACUGCCUUGGCUGUGACAGGAAGCUCAUUUGACCCCGCUGCUCAUGUAGCUCAUUUGUUCGGCGCCAAUGGCAAGGGACAUUUACGCCAAUGGGACGAUUCGCCGUGGUCAUCACGCUGGCCUGAGCCCUUGGAAAUUUUCUCAUACUCUGACCAACCCCCGACGCCUCCCGGCCCCUCAUUUCUCGCUCAUGGAGAUAGCUCCGGGGUUGCACCUUCCGAAACCACGAACUUUAUAGCAAAUCCGACUGUGGCCGAGAGUCUCACAUUCGCAUCAUCAUUGAUAGCAUUGGAAUGGUAUCAGAUCGAUCUUCGAAAGGAUCCGGAAUGUAGUCGAAUGAUAUUUAGCCAUUUUUAUAAAUUGGCUUUUAUAACAAACGACACAUCCGGCAUUCGUAACCUGAUCGAGUUUAUGAAUGAUGCGAGUCUGAAUAUAUAUGGAGUGGGGAAUUACGCAGAUUUGUUCGAACGUCUCAGUAUUUCCAGCCUUGACACGAGCUCCAAAAAUAUGCUCGUUGACACUGUUACGAAAGCUAUAGGCCUGGGCCUUGUUCCUAUCACGGAAAUCACUCCGAUCCUGCGAUACUUACCAGCCUCGAUAUGUGGCCGUGAAUGGUCUCGUCAAACGGGAACUUUGAUUCAAACCUUCUACGAUAUCUGGGGAUCGGUACAGUCAUGCAGUGUGUUCAAGCUACAUGAGAUCUACCACAGUCUUCUUCAGCCAUGGGUUGAGCAGCUAAUGACAUUCAAUGAUGACCGAUAUCUGCGUCUAGCUAGAGAAAUUCUGCUUGCAUACUAUGAUUCUUUGAGGACUCUUUCCCUUUCAAUGUCAUCCCGAGUUUUUCAAAUACUAUCUUCCAGAGGGGGACUUGACCGCGGCAUAUUUGAAACAUCCCUUGACCGGGCAUUGAUGUUUGGCGACAAACCCUCUUUACAAUUUGCAAACGAUAUUAUCGUGACCUAUCAUCGUUAUGAGCAAACGCCUUCGAAUUCAAUCGCAAAUAUACUACUGCGAUACCUUGUCCACGAAGACAACUUUGCCAGUUCCACAGGGAAAUCUGCUGAGAUUCUGCCAGAUCUGCUGAGACAAUUGAGUGUAGAUGUGGCCGCGAAAUAUAUCAUUCUGAUGGCCGAGAAUUUGGCUUUCUUAAGACGGGAUGGUCCGCUUCGUAGCCAAGCCCUGAAGGCACUCCGGCACUGUGUUAUGCACACUGAUAGGCCUUCAAUACUUUCGUCACAGGCCUGGUCCGAGUUACAAGGAUCUGAUUCCUUGAAGGCGUCCAAAGGGUUGAGGUUUGCCCUCCGAAUUUGGACUUGGAGUGCAUUGAGUACUACACCACACAGAAGAAUUACACGGUCCCAACCAGUGAACCUUCAAUCAAAGAAAGCACAUGCUACUGGGGUUUCUAUAUUAAAACUCUUCGACGAUGCGACAACAAGUAUUGUGUGGCGAUCUCAUGGUAAUAGGACCGAACUACUACCGAAAUUGAUUGUAGGCCUUCAAAAGCUUCAAGUCCCCUCGAAUCAAGUAUUGAGAAAGGUUUACACACUUCUCAGCCACAGGCAAAUAAAGAAUGCCUCAACUCUGCAGUCUUUCCGAAAACUUGAAGAAGGACUAAUCACUCUAGAGCAGGCUGCCUUGCAACAGCACGUGUUCAACUCGACCAAAUUCUAUCUCCUGUCCUCUCAUCUGAGGGUAAUAGAAAAUGUCGACGUCACCAGCCCCAGUUUCAUUGAAGAUAUGAUUUCAAUGAUCGAAAAGGAUAACAGGGCAAUGCGCCAGAUCAUUUUUUUAAUAUCCUUCCACACGCCACUAAAAGUCGCACUGGCUAUGGCAAGCGCUCGCAAAGACAUCAACAACAACGUCCCCAAUACCAAACGAAUCAAAUCCAUUCUAAGGCUAGAAUCAAAGGGCAAACAACUAUAUCUCGAGCCUCAAGCCUGCGUGUCCUUCAUCCAUUUCCUGACAGCAACCAUUGCGACGUCAGAUAAAGUGAGCCCAAGAGCAGCUUUCAAUCUUGUAUCAUACCUCUACCGCUACUUAAUCGUGCACAAUGGCCCCGUGCAACCAAACUUUGCACGCGCUAUGUACCACUGUGGUGUCACGCGGUUUGUUCAGAGUGGCCUGCACGUAUCCAGGGCCCAGGAAGACUAUGUUAUGCAUGUUGUGCGGCGACAUGAAGAACCGGAAGCAGUCCGUGGGUUGCUCAAUGGAUCGUUUCUCGAAACUGUGCACUGA